CUCUCUCUCUCUCUCUCUCUCUCUCUCUCUCUCUCUCUCUCUCUCUCUCUCUCUCUCUCUCUCUCUCUCUCUCUCUCUCUCUCUCUCUCUCUCUCUCUCUCUCUCUCUCUCUCUCUCUCUCCCUCCCUCCCUCCCUCGUCAGCCCGCUCUCAGCUGAUAAUGACGUAGCGUGCAGUUGAUCCAACACACGGGUGCAGGAGAAACCGAGGGACUGUUGUUAACUUAUGGUCUCCGCGGAACCGUCCACAUAGGAGUAAGAGAGAAGGUAUUCUGCCACAGCCAUUGGCCUGUGUGUCGGCCUGUCCUGGGCCUGGCGGUGAGGCUUCUAGCGGGUUCUGUGGGGCACGUCAUGCUGUGUUUGUAAGGUUUUGGAGAGCAGAGAAACGCAUUCCUGAGCCACUACGACCACAUCACCAAUUCAUUCUGCUGCUGAACGACACUCCUGUCAUCUGAUCUAUUUCAAGAUCACUGAGGAGAGACCACAAGACAUGGGGGACUACUAUGAGGUCCUGGGGGUUUCUAAAACCGCCUCCCAGGAGGACAUCAAGAAGGCGUACAGGAAGCAGGCUCUGAGGUGGCAUCCAGACAAGAACCCAGACAACAAGGAGGGGGCAGAGAAGAAGUUCAAAGAAAUCGCUGAAGCCUAUGAAGUUCUGUCUGACAAGAGUAAACGUGCGUCGUAUGACAGCUAUGGAAAUGACCGGAUGCCACGCAGAGGCUCCCCCGGCUCCCCCACAGACUUCCCCUCGGAAUUCCCAGGGUUCAGCUUCACAUUCCGCAGCCCUGACGAGGUGUUCCGGGAGUUCUUCGGCAGCCAGGACCCCUUUGCUGGCUUCUUUGAUGACUUCCCGUCAUUUGGAGGGAUCCACAGUCACGGUGGUUUCCAUGACCACCCAGGCCCCUCCUCUCGUCUUGGCCCCGGUCGGUUCUUUUCCUUCCCGGCGCCUGGAGCGGACUUCACCUCCUUCUCCUCCAUGGGAUCGUGCAGCUCGGAGGGCCUGGGGGGCCCGGGGAUGAGCAGCUUCAGAUCAAUGUCCACCUCCACUCGCAUCAUCAACGGAAAACGCACCACUACCAAGAAGAUCAAAGAGAAUGGACAGGAGAGGAUUGAGAUCGAGGAGGAUGGUUUACUGAAGACUAUAAUGAUUAAUGGGGUGACGGAUGAGAUGGCCCUUAUGCUGGAGCUGAGCAAGCGGAAUCAGAACUCCUCCCACCCACCGCCCGCCAGACCGCGCCUACAGCAAGACAAACCUCCCACUGAUAGGCCCCGCACCAGCCCCUUCUCCUCCGCCGCCGCCCAGCGCUCCUUUAGCUCCGCCCCUUGCUUCAACUACGGCGGGGUAGGGGCAGAGCGGGAGGAGGACGAGGACGAGCAGCUGCAGCUGGCGCUGGCCUGCAGCCUGUCAGAAAUGGAGGCCAAGCAGAGAGCCGCCGCAACCACGGCAACAGACUUCAUCUCAGGUGCUGGGCUGGGGGAGCACGGCGGGACUGACCAGACCGGGGGCCGUAGAGGAGCCGGGGGGAGGCGGGGCAUGGAGGAGGGGAGGACCAAUGGUGUGAGGGAAGAAUGCUUAAGGCAGGAGGAGGGGCAGGAGAGGGGCUCAGGUGUCCAGGCCAGAGGGGAGGAGGGGGCGGGGGGCUGGUCCAGGGGGUCCGGCCCUCCUCCUGGGGACCCUCCUCUGGGUCCAAAUGGGAAUGCCGGUCCACCUCACCCUAGCAGCGAGGAUGGGGAACUGGUCACAGGGAAUGUCAAAAAGAAAAAGAAAUGUGCAUGUGUUGUUUGCUGAGUGUGUCUGUGUGUGUGUGAGUCCGUACAUUCAUGCAUACAGGUUUCCAUGUGUGUGUGUGCGCUUGCAUGCAUGCAUGUAUGUUUCUGUGUCUGCAUAAAUGCUUGUGUGGGUAUGUAUGGUAGCCUAUACACUCCAUCAAUUCACCUGAAAUCUGCCUACGCUAACUAUUAUUUCUGACAGAGUUGAUGUUAUUGACGUGCCAUCUUAAAAGGAAACGCUAACCGUUUGUCUGAAGGGUUGUUUCAUUCGUUGCCGAUGGCCAGCCCUGCCUUCCUGCAUUAAGAAAUUAACAGAUUCAAACAUAUGCUGCAUUAUUACCAACAAGCACAAAUAAUUCAUAAUAUUUCAUUGUUUAUUUUUCCAUUACCACUAGAAUUUUUUUUUCUAUCUGGAUAAACAAUAACAGAGAGCAUAUGAGGACCCUGUUAUUAUUUCUGAAAGGUGUGUGUGUGUGUGUGUGUGUGUGUGUGUGUGUGUGUGUGUGUGUGUGUGUGUGUGUGUGUGUGUGUGUGUGUGUGUGUGUGUGUGUGUGUGUGUGUGUGUGUGUGUGUGUGUGUGGGGGGGGGGGGGGGGGGGGGGGUGUGGGGAUGGGUGUGUGUGUUUGUGUGUGUGCGUUUGUGUGUGUGGGGGUGGGUGGGUGGGUGUGUGAGUGUGUUUUUUUUGUUUGGGUGUGGGUGUGGGGGUGAGUGAGUGGGUGGGUUGGUGUGUGUGUGUACCUACGAGGGCAAGCCGGCCAGUUCAGACGCUACUGUGGAAUGUUCCCCACAGAUCCCCCAUUGUGUACUCUGCAGCAGUGUUACGUAACAGCUGUCCUGUAUCAGCACACACACGCGACCCGCAGACAAUGGCUCAACCCAGGGGCCUGCUUCUAGAGAGAGGGAGAGAGGGUGUGUGUGUGUGUGUGUGUGUGUGUGUGUGUGUGUGUGUGUGUGUGUGUGUGUGUGUGUGUGUGUGUGUGUGUGUGUGUGUGUGUGUGUGAGGGGGGGGGCUGUGUGGGUGUGUGUGGGUGUGUCGUGUGGCUGGGUCUGCGGGGCUAAAUGCCCACGCAUUCAGAGGACAGAAGGUAGAACCCGACAGCAGCAUGGUUUACUUCUCACUGUCCAGGGUGUAUAUAUAUAUAUAUAUAUAUAUAUAUAUAUAAUAGACCUGGCUAUGAAAGCAUGCUAAUAUAAAGCACAUGUUUCUUAUUGUGAGAAUACUAUUGUACAAAGCUGCAACCCUUAUUUUAAUUGAAAUCAGAUUAUUUUUCAUUGACUAAUGAACAAGUCUAUAACUUGUCCAUGAUCAUAACUCCUCACAAGUGGCCAUACCCAGAACAAUGUCUAAAAUGUACUUUAUUUUUUUUGUCAAGCAGCCAAGAAAUAAUCUGAAAGACAGAAAAGCAACUCAAUUAGAUUCAUACUGAAGAUCUGACAGUGUUUGGUAUUUUUACUUGAUACAUGACCGUAACAGAUAUUCAUUCUACAUAUUAAUCGAUUCGUUUUGAAAUCAAUCAAAAUACAGACCACAAUAUAUAUAGAGGAGGGGUGUCAAUAAUCUGACCAUGAGAUGGAAUGACACCCUCUAGCGAUGAGGUUUAUUGACAGGUUCCAUAAAAGAAGUUCAAGACGCCAUCUUGACCAAAUGGAACGUGAAGGACAUCAUGGGGAGCCUUCUUAAGCACGACUUAACUAUCAUUACUAAUUCAUCAGAUGUUUAAAUUAUGCAUUAGUGUGGUGAGUUUGGAGUUCUGUGAUCUGCAUACGGUCUAAAUCCUGGGUCAUGAUUAAUGGAUGGUAGGCCCAGGUACUACCAGACAAGUUCCAACAUAACUGCUGUUUAUGAAGGAUCAUAAAUAUAUGAUAAGUGCUAAUUAUACAAUCAGUGAAUGGAAUGGAAUGCCUUUUUCCUGCUCUGCCAUGAAGAAGACUCUGAAGCAGCCAAGUCUUCAGUCACCUUUUGCUCCUAAUAAAAUGUACUUAAAGGCAUUUUGUCUUCUAGUUGAUCAAAUUGGAUUGAUUUUGUAUUCAUUUUUAUAAUUUCUUUAAUUUAAAGAUGUGAAUCUAUUGGAAGUCACAUUCUGUUUUGACAGAGAGACCGUAGCAACAGAGUAUGAUGUAUUUACUAGUUUGAAUGUAAUUAGAACCUUUGAAAAAGGUUUCAAGUGAUUCUAAAUCACACAAUCAGCCUAAUGAGGUGGCUCGGUCCAGACCCACAUCUAGUUUAGGGAGGGAGACGAGGGAGAGAUCCCAGGGGAAGGAGGGAGGGAGAGCAACUCUGUGACCCUGGUGACUGUUUAGAAAGGGUUACUAUGGUGCUUUUGGAGGGGGGCCCAAACCGGCCCCUACGCUACACAGACACCCAGCCUUGGAACACCAGCAACUGUCUGAUUGAAUGAUUGUUUUCAAUGGUGGGGAAUAAUAUAAUUUGUCUUAUGAUUUCAUGUAUAAUGUAUUUUACAGCAUGGAGUCAACUGAACGAGGACAAUCUGAGCUGUGGCCAGACAGGAUGUUUAUGAUUUAUGAAAAUCUCACACUAUAGUAAUAAUCAGCAAGACCUUAUUAAGCUUGAUAAAACAAAUCUGGCAUGGUGGUUUUAUAUGAGAUAUGUACGCUAUGACAAUGUCACGCCUUUUUUUCUAUUAUACAACCAUCUGUGUCUCAACGGCUCAGUGUUUCUGUUUCUGUGUAUUUAUGGUACUUGACUGAAACCAUUUCAAAUUGAAGUUGUGUGUUCCUACUUGUUUUACCUUGAAUGACUAAAUUACAGCUUCAGCACUGGAUUGAUUUGCAAAGACUGAUUACACUUAUGUUGAAUAAGAGGAAGGGGAGAGGGAGCAUGUUUUUAUGCUUUUGAAAAAUGACAAUAUAUUGUAUUUGUACUACAUAAAUCUUGUUUGAUUAAUUGUAUACAAUUUUAUUAAAUAAUUGUUAAAAGAAAGUUGACAGAAUAAAAAAUAUUCAGCUCAAAAGA